AUGGCGAUGAAAGCUGGUUGCAUACUUAUAGGCUUUCUUGUUCUUGUUGGCUCUUUCGCCAACACCAGUAAUGCUAAUGCUAUUACUCCAAGGUAUGGCAUUUCUUCACUCAACAGGACCAGCUUUCCCAAAGGUUUCACUUUUGGUGCAGCAUCAGCUGCCUAUCAGUAUGAAGGUGCAGCGUUUGAAGAUGGCAAAGGACUAAGUAUGUGGGAUUAUUACAGCCACAAAUACCCAGAGAAGAUAGCAGAUGGCAGUAAUGGAGAUGUUGCUGAUGAUCAAUAUCAUCGCUACGCGGAGGACUUUGGGCUUCUGAAGGAUAUGAAUGCAGAUGCAUACAGAUUCUCAAUCGCAUGGCCCAGACUGAUACCAACCGGAAAGAUUAGCGAUGGUGUGAACCAGAAAGGAAUCGACCACUACAACAAGGUCAUCAAUGAACUCCUAGCCAAAGGUCUUACGCCCUAUGUGACAAUUUUCCACUGGGAAACUCCCAUGGCCUUAGAACAUGAGUAUGGCGGUUUCUUAAGUCAUCGCAUUGUGGACGACUUCAAGGACUUCGCAGAGCUUUGCUUUAAGGAGUUUGGUGACAGGGUAAAGUAUUGGAUCACCUUAAACGAGCCUUGGACGUACAGCAAUGGGGGGUAUGCACAAGGGGUGUUAGCACCUUUUAGAUGUUCGAGCUGGCAAAAUCUGAAUUGCACCGGUGGGGAUUCAGGGACGGAGCCAUAUACCGUCGCCCACAAUCUGCUUCUUGCUCAUGCAGCUGCCGUUAAGGUGUACAAGACCAAAUAUCAGGCAAAGCAAAAGGGUGUUAUAGGGAUAACACUUGUGUUGCAUUGGAUGGUUCCAUAUAAUCCUAAAUCGGCGAAAGACCGUGCUGCCGCAUUCCGUGCCAUUGAUUUCAUGUUCGGAUGGUUCAUGGACCCCUUAACAAAAGGUCGCUAUCCCCUGAGCAUGCGUACUCACGUACGUGGAAACCGAUUACCCAUGUUCACCCCAAAGCAAUCGAAGCUGGUGAAGGGAUCAUAUGACUUUAUCGGAAUAAACUACUAUACUGCCAAUUAUGCAUCUGAUGCACCUGAAUACAAGUCUCUGAACAAAAGCUACUUGACAGAUGCUCUUGUUAGUCAAACAACUUCGCGCAACGGGGUCCUCAUUGGUCCAGAGGCUGCUUCAAGUUGGCUCCAUGUCUAUCCUAGAGGAAUUUACGAUGUUCUUGUUUACACAAAAACCAAGUACGGUAAUCCAGAAAUCUACAUCACCGAGAACGGAAUCGAUGAGUUCAAUAAUGCCUCAUUAACGCUCAAGGAAGCUCUCAAGGACCCCGCUAGAAUUAGUUAUUAUUAUAAACAUCUUGCGCAUGUUCAUAAGGCUAUCGGGGUGGGCGUGAAAGUUAGGGCAUACUUUGCUUGGUCAUUCUUGGACAACUAUGAAUGGAUGUCUGGUUAUACGGUUCGAUUUGGCAUCUACUUUAUUGACUAUGACAAUGGAUUGAAAAGAUAUCCUAAACUUUCAGCACAUUGGUUCAAGAAUUUCCUCAAGAAAUAGAAAUGAAGAUUUUCGUAUUAUGAAUUGCCUAUCAAAUUGGGUGAUAUCAGAUCGAUAAAUUGAGCAUUUCUUCUCU